AUGCAUUCGUAUACUUCGAGACCCCUCAUUCCUGAUGAUCUCGUGGAGAAGCUCAAAGCAGAUCCAAAACUUGACGCGACCAAAAGUAUGGUCACGACGAAGGAGUGGCGUCGCAUACGCCUGUCUCUGGUCAAGACAGACACUGGCGGCAACUCUCCCGAUGGCCCCGUUGUACUGCCCGAGGACGAACUAGGAACCAGCUAUACGCUCGAAGAUCGCAAGACGUGGCUCCAUUAUGCUUCUGAGAUAGGUGACCCGUGCGUUGCGCUGGAGAUCAUCCGCCUAGGCGCCACCAUUGACUCUAGGGACAACAAAGGACACACACCACUUUCGCGUGGCAUGAUGAUGGCGUCGUGGUCCUCUCUCAUUGUUGCAGAUGCUAAUGCCAGCACUCCCUGGGCCCUGUGUCCAGAUCCGGUAGCUGCAGAGAAGAACAUCGACAGGAUGAGGUGGGUGUGCCGCCGCCUGCUGGUCGAGCAGCAUGCGGAUGUCAACGUCGUGGUCGACGAUAUGGCACCCCUUGAUUACGCGUGCCUCGCCAAGGACUGGGAGGCGAUUGAACUCCUCCUGGUACACGGCGCGGAGCCGCGCAGGCAGGAUGAGGACGAGUCUCCUGUCGGACAGCUGUGCAGCGAGGGGGAUGAUAAGGAAAGGUUUCAUAAAUUAGUUGCGGCGGCAGGGAAACGGGUACGUCGGCCGCCCAGGAUCUGUCCCUGCUGGUCAGGCAAGGUGAUCUCAGAGUGCCAUGGGGCAGGGCCCAAACCAUACCCUGUCUUAUACGUGUGUCGCUGCGGCUCUGGGAAGUCGUACGGCAGAUGCUGCUCGAAGAGAGGGAUAGAGUACUGGGAGCAAUGGGACGAGGAGGAACAAUGGAUAUGCUACGUGCAGAAGAAGGCGCUACAGUUCCCCAAGCUGUCCGAUGGGAUGCCGCCAGUCGAUGUAUCGCAGCUCGCUGAAAGCAUGCGGUCGUUCUUGUCUAUCAACAACGAUCCCGGCUUCAGGUCGGCGCUCAGUCAAGUCGAUCCUGAAUUCAUUCGCCAGGAACAGGUCGCAUGUAUCAAGGAACUGCUGCGUCCUGUCGAGGACCUCAUGGUGCCUCUAGGUCUAGUGGACCCGGCCUUUGCGUACGCUUUGGCCAAGGCCCAAUUUCUACCUAUUCCUAGAGGACGCAGUUACUUCAGUAAGGACGACGGCGCGGAGCGAGCAACGGAGUGGAACAAUCUAGUCGACGAGUAUAUAUCCCAGGGAACAGAUUUGCGUCCGCGUAUUGAGAUAGAGAGCCGCGAAGAUUGA